CGCGCAGAUGCCACGCACAGAGAAUGAUUUACAUUUUGUAAGUUGAAUUGAUACUGUACGGCAGCACGGGCGUCCUCUUCUGUGCAUCUUCAGAAAACUGAAAUACAUCUUUUUUGAGACACUUCUCCCUUCAUUUUUGUAUUCAUUUUCACCUUAAGGAAAGGUAAUCAUUGUCUUUUCCAAAAACAAGUCGAAUACAUUUGUGGCUGUGCUUAAUAGAGAUUCAUCAUGAACCAAAGAUUGGAUCCAAACAUUACACUGGGGGAAAGUCAAUAUUGGUAUUUUCCCAAUAGCUCUCAGGAAUAUAGCUACCCUCAGCAGAACAUCACAUAUGUGGUAUAUUACCUCCAUGAGCCGCCUGUGGUGGCUGUCUUCAUCAUCUCCUACCUGCUCAUCUUCCUGGUCUGCAUGGUUGGCAACGGGGUGGUAUGUUACAUCGUCUUAAGGAGCAGAAAUAUGCGCACAGUCACCAACGUUUUCAUCCUGAAUCUGGCCAUCAGCGAUCUCCUUGUGGGAAUCUUUUGCAUGCCAACAACACUUGUGGAUAAUAUCAUCACGGGCUGGCCAUUUGGAAGUCUGGUGUGCAAAAUGAGUGGAAUGGUCCAAGGAAUAUCGGUGUCAGCUUCAGUGUUUACACUGGUCGCCAUUGCGGUUGACAGGUUCCGAUGCAUUGUUUACCCUUUCAAGCAAAAACUGACAAUAUCAACAUCAACACUAAUAAUUGUGAUUAUAUGGCUUCUUGCUCUUUCCAUUAUGUGCCCAUCUGGUGUCAUGCUGCAAGUCACCAAGGAACAGAAUGUGCGUGUUCUUCUAGGCAAUGGCAACGAGACAAGCCCUUUCUAUUGGUGCAGGGAAAACUGGCCCAAUCAGGGAAGAAAGAUUUACACCACUGUCCUCUUUACCAGCAUUUACCUGGCACCGUUGAUUCUGAUCGUGAUUAUGUAUGCUUGGAUUGGUGUUACCUUGUUUAAAACGGGCAUGCCUGCAGAAGGAAGUUGUGGUCAUGAAAACCGACAGAUAGUCUCAAAGAAGAAGAGAAGAGUCAUCAAGAUGUUGCUCACUGUAGCCUUGCUUUUCAUCGUGGCCUGGCUUCCCCUCUGGACUGUAAUGAUGCUGAGUGAUUAUGCCAGCCUGACCGAGUACCAGUACAGAGUGAUAAACAUCUACAUCUAUCCAUUUGCACACUGGCUCGCUUUCUUCAACAGCAGCAUCAACCCCGUCAUCUAUGGCUUCUUCAAUGAGAAUUUCCGAAGGGGAUUCCAGGCCGCUUUCAAGUUACAGCUGUGCUCGGCAAGCGUGGGCCGCAAACAGACCUACUCGCACAGGGUCCACACAAAUUCCGUUCUUCCCGCCAACCUGCAUGUGUCCAAAGGGCUCGCUCCUCUCAGCGUGAACUGCGAAGAGAACAACCGCUCCACAGUAAGCUCCAACCUGAACGACCAAGACCUUAUAAUGGAGGACCUUGAAAAGAUAUAUACCCCCAGGCAGCCUGACAGUCAUACCCAACAGUGAUGAGGUCCAUCUAAUGGAUUCUUUCAGGUAGACAGAAGCAUGAUACCAGUUCACCCUAAUGACUGAAUAGUAGGAAACAGGUAUAGGACUUUUUAUGCUUGACUAACCCCAAUUAAAAUUAAUUUGGGGUGGAAAAUGUACUUAUUAUAAAUAUGGGAAG